AUGUACGAGCAGGAAGCCGCGCAUCUAAAGACCUUCAACGCCCUCCUCCACAAACACCGAGUACGACCCACGGCGCUGUAUCCCCUGUGGAGCGUCAUGGCCACGGGCUUGGGCUGGGGCACGGCCGUCAUGGGGCGCGAGGCGGCCAUGGCGUGCACGGAAGCCGUAGAGACGGAGAUUGGGGGCCAUUACAAUGCCCAGGUCAGAGAGCUGCUGGAGAUGAUCGCGACGUGGAAGCAGGAGGGGUACGACGUGGGGAGCGAGGUGGAAGAAUUGAUCCAGACGCUGAGGAGGAUACGGGACGAGGAGCUGGAGCAUCUGGACCAUGCGGUCGAGCACGACGCCAAGAAGGCUGAGCCGCAUUGGCUACUCACCAACGUCAUACGGGCUGGCUGCAGAGGGGCCAUUUGGGCGAGCGAGCGUGUUUGA